AUGGGUUCUGAGUUGGGCGUCACCGCCGACACCAAGCCUCAUGCUAGGCUUGACCAUCUCGGCAUCUGGUGGAUUACUUGGGCGACAUUUUGGACUAUUUGUGUGGCCUCCGGCAUGGCCUACCUCAUUGUUAAUCGCCGAGUACCGCUGCUGAGAAUUCGCGGGCUCGGCCUGUCGCUCUUCGCCACAACCUUGUUGCACCUUUAUUGGAUCAGUUGCCAAAUCGGCUAUAUCAUUGGCCCCCUCGCUCCAGGUGAUGGAGAGUACUGGAUCAUGGGCACCUACUUCCCUCUCGGUAUCGCCCUCUUCCAUGCCUCCAACACUCGCUUCCUGUAUGUGGCCAAGCAGCAACGUCGUUAUGCCGAGGGUCGCUACAAAGAGGCUCCUCGCGUACGCGGUCGGGGCCCAAUUGCUUCAUUCAGACGAAUGACCUAUACCGCCAAAAUGUUGACCUUGGUUGGCCUUGGUAUGAUCUUCCAGCUCUUCAUGACAAUCUUCAUCUACCUCAUCUCUCGCAAGUUCCAUGAGUCCUGGGGUAUUCCUGGUACCGAAGUCCACGGCACACCCAUGGAGAAGCUUGGUGCCAUGGGCCGAGGCUGGGAAUGGUGGCCAACUUGCUUCUGGCAGCUUCUCUGGGCUUGGGUCGUUGCACCAAUCGUCUUGUGGAAGUCUCGCCAUGUCAAUGAUACCCAAGGCUGGCGCUUCCAGACCUUUGCCUGUGCCAUUUCUGGUCUUCCGGCUGUACCUAUGUGGCUCAUUGCACUCUAUGUUCCUGCCAUGGAACAAGUUAACCAGUACUGGGUUCCUCCUCAGUGGAUCUGCCUGUCCAUUUUCUUCAUGGAGAUCUUCACUGUCUUUGUUCCUUGCUGGCAAGUGAUGGCGCAGCGCCGCCUCUCUAGCGAAACCAAGGCAUCUAUUGCACAAUGGGAGACCAAGAGCAAGAUGGCCUUGAACGGAACCAAGUCGCUCAACACAGGCUCGUCCGUCAUUGAAUCCAUUGUCACUGGCAUGAAGUCUACCAAUGAGUCUGUUGCAUCCGGUGCCACUGGCGAAUCCAUUCUUACCAUGAGUGCGCUCGAGUAUGUGCUUGACCGUAACCCAACACCUCUACAGCAGUUCUCCGCUCUCCGCGACUUUUCUGGUGAGAAUAUUGCCUUUUUGACAAGUGUGGCGGAAUGGAAAUCUUCGCUCCCUGUUGCAGCUCGCAACUCAGGCAAUCCCACCACUGAUCCUCAGGUUCGCGAACUGGUUCGUGAACGCUACAACCGGGCUCUUCGCAUCUAUGCCGAGUUUGUCAGUGUCCGUGAUGCCCAAUUCCCCAUAAACAUCUCCGGUCAAGAUCUCAAGGCUCUCGAGGCCGUUUUUGAGGCCUCUGCACGCAUUUUGUACGGUGACAAGCGUGAAGUCGAUGCGGCAGUUCCCUUUGAUAGCUGGAACGAGUCUGGAGAGAAGGGCUCUGUAUCGGAGCCUUCAUCACCCCACGCUGACAGCUGUGUUGAAGACCGUGUGCAAUUCUGGGGCGACAUCCCCGAAGCAUUCAAUGAGACGGUAUUUGACAAGGCUGAGGAUAGCAUCAAGUAUCUCGUCUUGACCAACACAUGGCCCAAGUUCAUCCGGGAUCAUCGACGGGCCUCUGGAGACUCUGGCGAAUUGGAGGCUGGCAACAACCUCGUGAAUAUGGCUCGAGAGUGA